GGCGAAAAGAAAGAAUUGUGAAUCAGAGCUCUUCAACAGCAGGAAGCAUUCUACUGCUGACGCCUCCAGUCAUGGUGCCUACAUGUGGAUUGGAAAGCCCCUAGAGGAGGUCAACGGAAGAAAGUACUAUUCGAGCCUUAGAUUACCAGACGGCUCGUCGAUAUGUAUUGGCGAGUAUGUCAAGGUGUCCGCACCCAAAGAACAACCUCCAUUCCUAGCGCAGAUCGUCGCAUUCUGGCUGGAAGUGUCAAGUGGGUUCAAGUUGAUGCGCUGCAGAUGGUUUUUCAGGCCAUACCAAGCUCUUCAAGCAAGUGCUCUGCAAAAACCAGAUUCCCAGCAUCCUCGAGAGGUUUUCUUGUCGGAUGAAUACGAUGAAAACUAUGUAACGACGAUAAUUGACAAGACAGUCAUCGUGCAUAGAGACAGUCUACCUCAGGACUUCAACUUGGACUCACUGAAGAUUGGCGAUCAUUUCUUCUACAGAAGCAAAUAUGAUCGGCAAUCCAGGACGUUCAGUCCUGCUGCUACAGAUUCUUAUCGUGAAAACUUUGAAGGGACACGGGAGCAUGCGGAAGCAGCAUUGAACUCGUGUAUACAGAAACUUGUUUCAAAUGCGAUGACGCUCCAACCCUCGUGAAGUUAAGGAUUUAUGCUUUAGUGUAGUACUCGAAUCACUGUUCAUAGUGUAGUUUAUAGAUAAUUUCUAGCACAACGACUUUGCCUAGAUGUUUUCUGGCACACCGCCUUUGCCUCCCUUUUCCCUUCCUUGCGAUGAAUUCACAUUUCUCUCGCUUCCUUGCAAUUCUCUCGUUGCCUGCUUAGC